AUGCUGAAACAGCUUUUACUUUUCGUGUUUCUGUUGCAAAUCUCAAAUGCAGCAGAUUGUCCAAUAUGUCCAACAGGAGGAAUAUGGUCAGAAUGGACAUCAACUGGAGUGUGUGCAACUACUUGUGGAGCUUGUUCCAACUUGAAUUAUACUAGAACUUGUCUGUCUGAUGGAUUGAAGAAUUGUGCUUGCGUAGGUGAACCCACUACAACUAUGCUUUGUAAUACCAUAGCCUGCAAUUAUCCCAGAGGAUCUGAAGCUCCUUGUUGUAAUGGUUCUCCAGUUGAAAUUAAUAACUUUUUCCAUUGCACCAAUGCCACAAAAAGUGCACCAGCAAAACGGUGCUGUCCGACUGGCGGAGUUUGGACGGAGUGGAGCAGCUGGGGAAAGAGUAGGGAUAAAAUUGAAUGGAACCGAACCAGAAAAUGCCUUUCCGGAGGAUAUAACUGUGCAUGUGUUGGAGAAAGUGAGCAAACCAAGUUUGAGUGUCCAUGUACUCCAAUGACAGCAUUCCCCACCGGCAAUACAGCAUGUUCAGGAUUGACUAAAAAAGUUCCGUAUACAAUCCAAAAACCAUUUAUGGAGCCCACAACCUGCACGACAAGAUUCUCAAUGGAAAAUUCAAACUUCCGCCAAUCGUUCUAUUACAAAAAUGACAAGUUGGGCCGAGAAGUGACUACUGGUGGAUGGUUGGAUAAGGAUGGAAAUUGUCAGAUUGCAGAGUUUCCAACAGGAUCACAAGAUACAAAUGGAGCAUUUUAUCGAUUGGGAUUCCAUUGUAAUUUGACAUCUGGAGCAUGGUACAAUAGUUGGGCAAAUACUGAAAUACUACCUUGUUAUUUGCCCAAUAGUUGGCCGGCAUACGACAUUAAUAUGAAAGACGUCGUUUCGUUUGCUCAGUUCUAUUAG